GUUUCCUACUCGUGUUUGUCUGUGGUCGUGCUCGAUGUUGUUUGUGUUUGCCGGGAAAUGAUAGGUCUCUCUGCUCGGCUCCGAACUGCCUUUUAAAACAAGCAUGAACUCGAGGGCUUCAGAUUUAAAAACCCAAUUGACAUAACUGACUUCUGUAGAAAGUUGUGUGACAGAAUGUUCCCUCUUUGCAGAACACUGAGGUAAACACUCAGCUGGUUUGACAUGUGGCUCUGGCUUCCUCCACAGAGAACUAACCGAUGUUGCUCUCCCCCCCUCUUUGAAAUCUGGUUGCUUUCUUGGGGGGGGGGGGGAAUCCUGAAUUCCCGCUCUUCCCGCUUAGCAAAUAAAAAGCAGGCGGGAUCCUCAGCUCCAGCAGUUCCACUCUCCUCCUCCUGCACUCAGCAUCGCUCUGACACCAUGUGGACCCAGGCCAGCGCCUCUCUGCUGCUGCUCGCCUGCUGCCUCUGGCCGGCCGAGGCCCAGAGCGACAGCAGGAGGCAGAACAUCGGGGACGAGCCCCUCAAAUUCAAGACCAAGGCUCAGGACUCUUGCACCAUGACCAUCACCGGUCACGGGGAUUACACCCGGCUGAGGCUGUCGUGCCGGAGCAGCGAGGGCUCCUACUGGUGCGAGUAUGUGGGGAAGCCUUACAACUGCCGCAACUACAACAAAAACCCCCGACACUACUUUGUCCAGAUGAUGUGGGGCUUCAGAAAACUCAACAAUGCCUGCCAGGCACCGAAGAAGAUCAGACCUCAGAUGUGCAGGAGGGCGACUGAUGACUCUCAGAUGAUCUUUUCAUCCGCUUCGUCGUCCCACUUAUGGCAAGACCCUUCCUCAAGACCCAACCCGGGAGCCCAGGCUGCAAGACCUGAACCUCGACCUGCACCGACCAGGCCGGAGUCAGGGAGGAGACCCUCCUCGAAAUCCAUACCGGUCCAACCGAGAGAAAAGACCUCGCAGAAAACCACUCCGCCGGCACUGACACCUCCUGUGGAGAGCAACGCCAAGAGGAUGGCUCGCCGGUACUGCUGGAGGUCACUUCACGGCGUCUGCUCCUUCGUCAUUGGGUUCUUUUGAAAUUAACAUGAAAGAUUUACAGUUCUGAGGAGGAGGUCUUCUAAACAACCCUCUGAAGGCAAACUGCCGCUGAGGAGCCGGAGCGCUUCCCUCAGGAGAAGGGACGCUACUGCAGUGACCCUCAGACAAACCUUCCUCGCUGAAACUUGCAUGUAUCAUCAUCAUCAUCAUCAUCAACAUCAUCAUCAUCCACUGAAAGACAGAUUUCCAUGGUUUCAUGGUCACAGCUGUAGGAACUUCACUACCUGACUUAUUUUAGUCAGAACAAACAUUUUUGCAAUAAACUGUGCAGGUACCUCACUUCACUUGGGAGAGUUGAGUUUCACGAAUAAAGAGACGAACCUAAACAUCAAAGCCAAACUUAUUUAUCUUUGUUUGUUUACUUGUAUAUAAUAUGCAUCACUCUGUAUAACUUUGAAUAUUACAGUAUUUUCAAAACAGCAAAAAUGUGUGUACUGAUGUCUUUGACAAUUGUAAUCCAUGUGAACUUUUAUGAUGGAAUAAAUACAUUAUUCUCAA